AUGGCAUCAAGAAGAAUGUCUGGAAAAAUCGCCAUGUGGCAAAAACGCACGGAUGAACACCAGGAGAAACAGAUGAUCAACCCUUUUUCAGAAUGGGAAGGUGCAUCUCACCGAGCAACCCUCAGUAAAGAUGAUGAGAACUACGGUAUACCCGUCGCAGGGUCAUCGACAGAGAGGAGAGGUCGAAAGGCUGGAAUGUUGAUCAGCGGAGAGGUAGUGGAACUGUGUCAUGUGAUUGCCGACAUUGGCUGCAGACAAGAUGAUGGAACAUAUGUAAUUACUUUUGGACAUUUAUUUGAAGCUUACACGAGAAUCUCCAAUAAGCUUGUGGGCAUGUUAUUGCGUGCUCGUAAACAACAUCUGGUUCAGUUUGAAGGUGAGAUGCUGUUUCAAAGGCGGGAUGAUGAUGUGCUGAUUACUUUGUUGAGGAUUCCAGAUGAAAACUGA